UCUCUGCAUCGUAUUUAAUUCUGAGCUCCGCUUCUGUUUCACCAUCCUCUGCGUGAUAAGGGCUACCUGCUUCUACCACCUGUAAACUUGCCUGUGUUCGUCUCUGUCUCCACCUAUUCGGGGUUGAUGGAAAGUGCUCCUAAAAACUUGCACUGCUGUUUCUGGGUAUUGAUUAUGAAAAUAUCAAACCAGGACUGAAUGACCACAUGUCAGCUGUCGGAUACAGUGCUGGAUUUGAUGCUGAUGGUUUCAGUGAUGACAUGGAAGCCAAAGUGCAAAUAGAUGAUGGGAAAAUGGAAUGUGUUGGACCAGACACCUGGUAUAAUCAGAUCAAGAAAAUAAUUGCACCUUAUGUCAUGUCGUUCUGGUUUCGGAUUUUUGGUAUCGUUCUCAUAAUUGUUGAUGUUGUUCUUGUAAUUGUGGACUUGUCAACAGCAAAUAAAAGUAAACCUUUUAGACAUGGAAUUGUAGGAGUAUCAUUGGCUAUAUCCUUCUUCUUCGCUAUUGAUGUCCUCCUUCGAAUCUUUGUUGAAGGGUUCCGUGUAUAUUUUCGUUCCAAGCUUAACAUUUUGGAUGCAGUUAUUGUGGUUGUUACCCAGGUUAUUACAAUGGUAUAUGCCUUUUCUGAUUUGAGUGGAGCAACUCUUAUUCCCAGGGUGGUUACUGUUUUCCGAGUGCUUCGAGUUGUCAUCUUGGUUAGAAUUUUCAGGCUUGCCUCACAGAAAAAACAUCUUGAGAAGGCUACCAGACGAAUGGUAUCUGAAAACAAAAGGCGCUACCAAAAGGAUGGAUUUGACUUGGAUCUCACUUACAUAACUGACAGAGUAAUUGCUAUGUCAUUCCCAUCCUCUGGAAAGCAGUCGCUGUAUAGAAAUCCAAUUGAGGAAGUUGCAAGAUUUUUUGACACCAAGCACAAGGAUCACUAUAAGGUCUAUAAUCUAUGCAGUGAAAAGGGCUACAAUCCCAGAUUCUUUCAUUACAGAGUGGAAAGAGUGUUCAUUGAUGACCACAAUGUGCCUGCACUGGAGGACAUGCUGAAAUUUACAGCUAAUGUACGGGACUGGAUGGCAGCUGAUGAGAAGAAUGUUAUUGCAAUUCAUUGUAAAGGUGGCAAAGGCAGAACUGGAACAAUGGUCUGUACCUGGCUGAUUGACAGUGAUCAAUUUGAGAAUGCAAAAGAAAGCUUAGACUAUUUUGGAGAAAGGAGAACUGACACAAGUGUCAGUUCAAAAUUUCAAGGAGUGGAAACUCCUUCCCAGAGCAGAUAUGUUGGAUAUUAUGAAGUCAUGAAAAAUGAGUACAAACGCCAAACUCCUCCUCAGAAGAAGCUAAAAAUGAAAAGCAUUAGAAUCUAUUCCAUUCACGGAGUUGGUCGUAACAAUGGGAGUGACCUGAAAGUUGAAAUUAUUGUGAAGAAAGUGCUCGUAUUUCAGUGUGUUUGUGCAACACAGGAAAACUGCAAGCUAUUCUUUGAUGCUGGGAGUAACUCUGCUAUAAUUAGCUUGGAGAAUGGUCCUGAAGUGAGCGGUGAUGUUAAAGUCAGAUUUGAGUCUAGUGGGGGCCUUCCUAAAGGUUAUGAUGACUGUCCAUUCUACUUCUGGUUCAACACAUCUUUCAUUGUAAAUAAUAGGCUCUACUUGUCUAGAGAUGAACUUGACAACCCACACAAACCCAAAACCUGGAAAAUCUACAGCGAAAAAUUUGCAGUGGAGGUGAAUUUUGAUGAUCCUGAUUCCAGUUAAGCUAAUGCCACCUCAAGAACAGAAUGGGUACAGAAUGAUUCCAGGCAGUUUAUAAUGUAAAUAUUGUAUUGGGAGUCUGGUACUGCCUUCAGUGGGGGGAAAUAUGUGGGAACUUCUACUUGCUGCAAGAUAUUCAUGUUAAGUACUUCAGACUUGUAACUAAAGGAAAAACUGUUGGAAAAUAGUCAUCAUUCUGGUGCUGAGGGCCACCUUCUUCUUCACCACAACCCCUUUCCAGCCCAUUUUUUUUCCUUGAAGAAUUGCCAGUGUUGUAUUUACCUCAUCGGAAGGAGGGUGAUUAUCAGUUACCCCAGGACUGGAUUAGUUUUGAUAUUUUUUACUUCAUAAAAACUGUUCAGUGGCAUUUUAUUUUCCCCAGAAGAGACAUGAGCUACCAGCAAUGUGAUGUCAGGGCUAAUAAAAAGCCAUCCCCCUGCACUCCCUACUGUGACAUUCUGAUUUGUUGAAAUGAUUUGUCCUUUGUGAUAUUUCAGUAGCCUGAUAACGUAUUGAAACAUAGUUGUGCAGUAUUGAAUUGUGCCACUGAAACACUUAGAUACUUGUGUUCUUCAGAUGAAAGGCUCCAACCACAAAUAGCACUGCACUGUGGGAGGGACAGGAGCAAAAGAGACUUGUUCGGCACAGGCAUUAAUGUAAUUAUCCUAUUGAUACUUAAGUGAUCCGACUAUUCAUAUCUGCUUAAAAUGAAGUGGCUUUUCUGUAUGUUACAAAACCUUAAGCCUAGAUCACUUCUUCCAAUUGAAUUUGUGCACACUUCAUGUUUUGAUAUGAAACUUGAAUAUUACCACACAUACUUGAACUACAUAUUUAGUGAUGUUUGUUUAACUAUUAAAUGUCAGUAGUUAUCAAAUGCAUCUAUCACCGAAUCCA